AUAUUUACUGGCUGAAAGAGAAAAUGCACGCCCUCAGACACAAUCAUGCACACGCACACACACACACACACACACACACACACACACAAACACGCACACACACACACACGCACGGUCUUUGGGCUCUUUGUCAUGACAGCAGCAGCAAAACCAAGGGACGUUUCAGAAGUGAAGUGAAGCUGUACAGGUUAAACAUCUCCGUCAUUCUGGCUGUGCAUUUUCCCUUGUGUUCAUCUCAUAAACACACAAACAAAUACCAAAGGUUUAUGAUUUAGUUUUUGUCAGACAGAUGGCCGCUCUGAGACCUCGCCUCUCUCACAAACCAAGACUGCCACCUAAACCAAAGCAACACACACCAAACACCAUCACUACACACACACCACCAGCGACCACAGGAGAUGAACAUACGUCCUCGUUAAAAACAACAGAAGGAUUUCUGCAGACACGCCACGGCCACUCAUCCCGAGAGAAGAGACAGAAAGAGGAGAGACAAAAGAUAGAGUGGAAAACUAAGCUGCAAGUGGAUGUGGGACGGUCAGAGCCAGAUGGCAGUGAGACAGACGAAGGUGGUAAAGCAGAGCAGAGUGUGAGGAGUGCGACGCUGCCCCUUCACCACACAGAUGAGAAGCACUGCCACUGCAUUUGUCACCUUCCUCGACCAGGUAUGAGGCUGAUGUGGGUUCCUCUGGACGACAGAUCACAUGCAGGACAAAACAUAAAUAAUGGACAUUUACAAGGAGACGAAAAACCUCCAGCCGUGGAGGACACGGGCCAAAGACGGAGGACAAGCAAUGUAGUAGAAUGCACCUCUGUUAAAUCUCCCACAAUGCCUCAGUGUUAUAGCUGCCGUAGUUUCCGCCUCCAUCACAGCCCACAGGAAGACUUGGGAAGUGAGGAUGUGUAUGAGAGCAUGGAGGUGUUCUUCUCUUCACUUCCCACUGAGGAGCCCAUAUAUCUACAGCUCCAACCAUCUGAUCACUCCUCCCCAACCCCACCCACCAGACCAAUACCCCCACCACGCCCACUAUCAACUCUGCAUGAACGUCAAAAAGAGAAGUGGAGCACACAGCUUGGCCUGGGCUAUGUACUCUCACCGAGAGGAGGCCGUCCACCAAUCAGAGCUCACACCAACUGCGAAAGAGGAAGUGGAAGUCUUCUACAAAAACCGAAGACAGAGGACAAGAAAAAAGAUGAGAACAAAGACACCAAAGAAGACAAAAAGAGUGGUGAUCAGCAGCAGGUGAUCUGUGAUGGAGACAGUGGCAGUGAUCAAGGUGGAAGAGAGCUGCUGCAGUGUGUGAGCUCUGCCCCUAUCAGAAGGUGUGUGAGCGAGUGUGUGAUGUGUGGAGACGUCACACUGUGGCAGCAUCUCGAAGCAGUGAAGCAGAGUGGAGUGUUACACACACUUACCUACAGAGAGAGACAGAGACAGGAGUGUAUGUUUGAGGUUAUGACCUCUGAGGCAUCUUACCUGCGCUCACUCAACGUGCUCAGAGAUCACUUCCUGGGGUCACGGGAACUGGACAACACGCUUGUGAUCCACGACAAGAAGUCACUCUUCUCCAACAUCCUGCAGGUGCACGAGGUCAGCCAGAGGUUCCUGAAGGAUCUGUUGGCUCGGGUAGAUGAAUGUGUGCUCAUCUCUGAUGUGUGUGACAUCAUCUACUUCCAUGCACACACACACUUCUCUGUCUACAUUGAGUACGUCAGGAACCAGGUGUAUCAGGAAAAGACCUACAACAAACUAAUGCAGUGUAACCGUGAGUUCCACACAGUAAUGAGGCGUUUAGAACAAUCUCCUCUCUGUAAUCGGCUGCCAUUUACCUCCUUCAUGUUGCUGCCAUUCCAGAGAUUCACACGCAUAAAAAUCCUGAUACAGAGUAUUCUGAAGAACACAGUGGAGGGUUCAAAAGAGGAAAACACAGCCUGCAGAGCUCUAACUACCGUGAAUGAGAUGAUUAAAGAGGCAAAUACACAAGUGGGUCAGAUGAAGCAGAUGGAGGAGCUCAUACACAUCACCACUAUGCUAGAGUUUGACAAACUCAAGGCAAUUCCUCUGGUGUCUCGGACACGGUGUCUGGAGAAACAAGGUGAGCUACAGGAGCUCAUUAAAGGAGGAUCAAUGUUCAGCUUCCGCUUCCGAUUCAAUCCCAUCUACAUCUUCCUCUUCAAUGACAUCAUUAUCCUUACACGCAGGAGCAGUGUAAAUGCAGAUCGUUUCCUGGUUCUUGACCAUGCCCACCGCUCACUGGUUCAGGUCCAACCUCAGUUAGACCACACCUUCUCUCUAAUAAUGCUGGAGAAUCACCAGGGCAAGAUGUGUGAGCGUGUACUGAAGGCUAACACAGAAUCAGAUCUACACCGGUGGACAGCAGCAUUUCCAUCUGUCUCUAUCACUCAAGAAUUAAAAGAAGAAAGAGUGUAUGCUGAUUGGGACUGCCCACAGGUCCAGUGCAUCAAUCAGUAUGUUGCAAAACAGGCUGAUGAGCUCAGCCUAGAACCUUCAGACAUCAUCAAUGUUAUACGCAAAACAAGCGAGGGUUGGUGGGAGGGGAUUCGACUCUCCGAUCAAACGACUGGUUGGUUUCCACACAACGUCGUGAUUGAGGUCACCAAUGAUCACCAGCGCCGCCGUAACCUUCGAGAACAAUACCGAAUCUCUCAGGCAGCCAAUCACAGCACUACAAGCACAGCUUUACUACAAACAGCCAAUCACAGUGUUCCCAACUGAGUUUUAUUGCAGAAGGCCAGCCUCGUGCACUGAGUUCUCCUCAAGUGUCCGAUCACAGACACAGAAGUGUCUAUUUCGAUGGUCCCAAACUCCCCUGAUGGCUGAAACAAACACUUCUAAUGAUGCUGUAAAUCAAGUCUCUCUAGUCCACAUUAUUGUAAUUAAAAUCAUGUUCAAAAUGUAAAUAAACAUUAUGUGAAUCUCA